ACCAAAUAUGGAAUCACCCGUAAAAUUAUGAGCUUUCCUCCUCUCUCGAUCCGCGAUCGCGUUGCGCAUGGCAAUGGAGCCUGAGAAAUAGUCUCCGACGUAGAAUCUCCGCUUACUCUUCCAAGUUCUAACUUCUAACACAACAAAAAUACCACAUCCACUGCCCACUGGCCACUGACCGCUAUCCCGACGAUAGUAUUCUCCAACAAUUUCCUCAAUUGUUCUUAACCCCUCCUCUCUCCGAGUUUCCCUCUCUCCUGUCUUCGUUUCUGUGAUUCUGUCUUAAAUUUUUUUAUUUUUUUUUAAUCUGUUGUCGUUCCUAUUUUGUUUCAUCAACUUUUUUUGUUUUUUUGUUUUCUGAUAUUAUACUCGUUAGAAGAGAGUGGUAUUUGGUAGAGGCACAGUACUAAACAAACCCACCUGCCGCAGCUCAACUUCUGCAGCUUUACUAAUCUGGGUACUCGAAAUCUCCUAAUUUUUAAAGGAUAAUCUUGAUUUUAAGCCCGUUGAUGAUUUACCGAAAAGGGUUUCUCGCCACUUUUAGUUCUUUUGAUUGCAAAUCUCGACGGAUCUCGUCUUCAUUUGCUCUGUGCCUCUGUUGCUCGAAUUCUUGCGUCCUACUAAAUUUCUUCCCUGACUUCGCAUUACAUUAUUUUUUAUAAUUUAUUAAAAAGAAAUUCUGGAUCUCUCGUCUCGUUGUAGAGAUUCUUGAUUGAUGUUUUGAGUUUAAAACCUAAAAAGCAAAAUUAUUGGGGUUUAAAAUGGCUGUAGCUCGGUUUGGUCGUCAGGCAAAGCGCCCAUGUGGGUUCUGCGCAAAGAUGACGGCAGUGGCCAUCUUGGGUCUCUGUUUUAUCUUCAUAUGGUCAAUGUUUUCUUUUCCUUCUACUUCCGUGACUUCUCAAAGGAGUAGCUUUGGCGACAUAGCCGAACCCACAUCGGCAAACACAAAGGUCAGAUUUUAUGGGGUUCACUCAAAGAAAGAGGAACCAGAACAACAUCGAAGAGACAGAGAAAAAAAGAAGGUGAAAUCUGAAUCCGUUCAAGGUAAGGAAGAGAUAAAGGUCAACGGGUCUGUGUCUUUGUCUGUGAACGGGCAUAGUUAUGGAGAAGAAAGUGAGAAGAAAGAAGCCAAUGAGGUAAAAGAGGGAGAUAAAUUAAACUUGCCUCAGGGAGAAGGAAGAACGAAUCAUGGGCAAGAGGGAUCUGGGAGUGAGGUGUUGCAGAAGGAAAAAAAAGAGGAAGGAGAGGUAGAUGGUAAGGAAGGGGAGCCGGAUGGUGAAGGAGAAGGAAGUGGAGAGGUGGAAGGAGAUGAUGAUUUAGUUUUUUCUGUGGAUCAGGAAUUUUCAGAGAAGGUGGAAGAUGAGAGUGGUGGAUCAAAAAGUGCUAGGAAGAAUAAGAAGAAAAAAAAAUUAGGUCCACUAUUUGAUCCAAAAGCACAUUACACUUGGAAAUUGUGCAGCACAAGAAGCAAGCACAAUUACAUUCCUUGUAUUGACAUUGAAGGUGCCACUGUGAAGUUACAGCGGUAUAGACAUAGGGAAAGAAGCUGCCCAAGAGCGCCUCCAAUGUGUAUAGUUCCUCUUCCUCGCGAUGGAUACAGGUCUCCGGUUCGCUGGCCUGAUAGCAAAAUGAAGAUAUUGUAUAAGAAUGUGGCGCAUCCAAAACUUGCUGCAUUUGUUAAGACACAUAAUUGGGUGAUGGAGUCUGGAGAAUAUCUUACAUUUCCCCAGAAUCAAUCUGAAUUCAAGGGUGGCAUUCUUCACUACGUUGAAUCUAUUGAAGAGAUGGUACCAGAUAUUGAGUGGGGAAAGAAUAUUCGCGUAGUACUGGACAUUGGAUGUACAGAUGCUAGUUUUGGGGCUUCUCUGCUUGAUAAGGAGGUAUUAGCAUUAUCACUGGGCUUGAAGAAUGACCUAGUGGACCUAGCACAAGUUGCCCUUGAGCGUGGUUUGGCUGCUGUUGUUAGCUUUUUUGGGACCAGAAGGCUUCCUUUCCCUAGUGGUGUUUUUGAUGUUAUUCAUUGUGGUGACUGCAGUGUACCUUGGCAUUCUACUGGGGGUAAGCUUCUUAUAGAGAUGAAUAGGAUUCUGAGGCCUGGUGGAUACUUCAUUUUGUCAACUAAACAUGACAAUAUUGAAGAUGAAGAAGCUAUGACUACAUUAACAGCAUCCAUCUGUUGGAAUGUUCUGGCUCACAAAACUGAUGAAGUUAGUGAAAUGGGUGUAAAAAUAUAUCAGAAGCCAGAAUCAAAUGAUAUAUAUGAGUUGAGAAGGAAGAAAAAUCCUCCUCUAUGCAAGGAAGAUGAGAAACCAGACGCAGCCUGGUAUGUUCCAAUGAAGGCUUGCCUAAAUCCCAUUCCUGUUGCAAUUGAACAACGAGGGACAGAGUGGCCUGAGGAGUGGCCCAAGAGGCUUGAAACUUUUCCUGAGUGGUUGAGCAAUAAAGAGAAAGUGAUUGCAGACACCAAUCACUGGAAAGCAAUUUUGAGUAGGUCUUAUCUGACUGGGCUGGGUAUUGACUGGUCAAAUAUCCGGAAUGUAAUGGACAUGAAAGCCAGCUAUGGAGGAUUUGCAGCUGCUCUAUCACAGCAUAAGGUUUGGGUAAUGAAUGUUGUUCCCAUCCAUGCACCUGACACACUACCUGUCAUUUAUGAACGUGGGCUUUUUGGCAUUUAUCAUGACUGGUGUGAGCCUUUUGCUACUUAUCCAAGAUCCUAUGACCUUUUGCAUGCCGAUCAUUUGUUUGCACGGCUUAAGAACAGGUGUAAGUUACCUGUAGCAAUUGUGGUUGAGAUGGAACGGAUAUUACGGCCUGGGGGUUGGGCAAUUAUCCGUGAUAAGGCUGAGAUAUUAGAUCCGUUGGAGGGAAUAUUGAGAAGUUUGCGAUGGGAGAUUCGAAUGACUUAUGUGCAAGGUAAGGAGGGUAUCAUCUGUGCCCAGAAAACCAUAUGGAGGCCUUGAAGUCCCCAUUUACGCAGCUUGUGUUGUAUGGCCUAUGACUGUAUUUUACGUUCACCUAUUUUCCAAGACUGCAAAGCCAAUGAAUGACUUCUCUCUCACACCUGUUAGAAGAAGAGAUGUGCUGAUCUGUUCACCUUUUUUUGUGAGAUAGGUGAUAAUGUAUCCAUCAUCUUUUAUACCAUUUGAAACUUCCUUCCUUCCCUUUUUGGUCAUGUCUGAUACUCUUGUUUAGGAGCGAUCAAAUGAGCCCUUCUUUCUCCAUGUUAUACCGGGCCAAGUUUUGUUGUUUAUUGUAAAUGCUUGUUUUAGGAAUUAAGAGUUGACUCGCAUAAUUUAUGCAUUUAUCAAUUUUGGGACAACCACCCCCACUCCA